AACAGGUAGUGACAGUCAGUUGUAUGCAUGACCUACGUUAGGUAAGACGAUGGAUAAUAACAAAUUAGCAUUCGGUUUUUACCCUGAUACAUCACCUAUAAAUGGAACGACGCAGUCAAUAACACAGUUCACAGUGAACGCACAUGCCGUGAGGAACGAUAUAUAUUCCGAUGGUUGUACAAAAAGUGUCCUGUUUAGGGCAGCAUGUUCGGGAGGAGCAACACGUACUUAAUAUGUACAGCUCCGUACUGGACGAGUCUGAGGAGUACAUUAAGUGUGGUCUGUGUUGGGAGGUUCCUACCCAAACCGUCACUCUGAGCUGUUCCCACACGUUCUGUAAGUGGUGCCUCAAAAAAAGGUCAAAAUCAGGACAGGAGGUGAACGGCAGAAUUGCUUGUCCGGUUUGUGGGGUCAACGACACCAUGACACACGGUCAGACAGAGGAAGUGUCCAGUAACAAUGGAAAUGACCGCAAGUGUGACCUGUGUGAGGAGAGUCGACCUGCCGAGGCCAGGUGUGUGGAAUGUCGAGAGUUGAUGUGUAACUUUUGCCAUCAGUCACACCGGCGAAGCAAGGCCUCGAAGCACCAUAGCAUCACAAUGUUGGGGGAUAUCCAUACCGAGACGGGGGAAAUUUCUGGGAGCAGGUGUUCCAUCCACGACGAGGAACUUGCCUACUUCUGUCGUCCUUGUGACACGGCCGUCUGUAAAAAAUGCCGUACAAGUGACCAUAAAGGACACAGGUCAAGACCAGUUAAGGUCAUUGUAGGGGACAAGCGAAGACAACUGGAGGAGAAAGUGGAUACGGUACGGCAUGGAUAUGUCCGUAUGUUGGAGAAAAAGCUAGCAGAGAUUCCAAAACAGAUCAAAGCCAUUAAAGAAAACGCAGAGAGCGUGGUCGUUGAUAUCAUACAACGUUCUAAAUGUAUCAAAGACCAAAUCGACGCCAUCAAGUUAGAAAUGAUAAAGGAUGUUCGUUCGAAAGAAUCCUUGGGUCUAACCAGAUUGGAACAAUUCAUGAGAGAAUUGGAAAAAGAGUUAUUGACGGUUGGCGAGAGCAUCAGGAGGACAGAAAACGUUCUAAAACAAGGGACUGAUGUUGAGGUAGUAUCUAUCUGUAAAGUAUCACAAGAGACAUUUGAUAGUCUCGAAACAAGACGGCCAUUACCCGAACUACAAAAGGUAGAUGUGGCAUUCGAAUCGGGGGAACUUGUAAGGGACAUGUUGAUGAACGGUUUUGGACACUGUUCUACUAGGAACUCUGGAUUCACGUGGUCUCGUUCUGUGUCCAUGUGCCAAGGAGAUCCACAAGAUGUAAACAUCAAACUUGUCUCAGAAUUCCACUGCCCUUUAGUGGUAGAUGAGGAUGAUAACGACGAUGAUUUUGUGAAUGAGUCUGUCCAUACUAUGGCGGCCGUGGCAGGGGGACAGAUAUCUGUCUGUUGUGGCUGCGAAUCAGACCGAGUCGUGUUUACGGACGGAACCGGACGUGUAAUUAGUAGUUUACGAGUGGGUGUAAUGAUUGAUGAUCUUGUCAGCCGGAAUGACCAUUCUAUCGUGAUGUCGUGUUUCCGGGAUCGUUCAAUUAGAGCAAUUGAGGAAAAUGGCAAUGUCCGAGAGCUCGUGUCCACUCAAUAUUAUCCGCGUGGUCUUACUGUAGCUUCUGACGGAAGUCUGCUGGUGUGUCUAAUGGACCAAUAUUCUACAUCGGUCACUAAAACAAGUAGACGCAUGGUGGCCAGACUAGACAGUCGGGGUCAACAAGUACAAGUGUAUGAAUACACAGACGAAAACAAACGCCUUUUCACGAGACCUUAUCGUGUCCAGGAGAACAUUAAUGGAGACAUAUGUGUGACCGACAAGACAUCUAUGGGCUCGGGGCGGGUAGUGGUGCUAGACAGACUGGGAAAUCUCAGGUUUGUCUACGACGGAAGAUCGGUAUCAGCUGGGGAAAGGCCAUUCUCCCCGUGUGGCAUCGUGUGUGAUAGCUACGGCAGACUUUUGAUUACCGAUACUAACAACCACUGUAUACAUGUCGUGGACAAAAAUGGUCAAUUUGUCAGCUUCCUGCUGCGCAAGGAAGACGGUAUCACGUGCCCCACGUCUCUGGCACUUGAUGGUGAGGGACAGUUAUGGGUGGGAAACGAAAACGGACAAAUGAAGGUAUAUCAAUACCUGUAGUCUGAAUGUGCCCCGUGUAAAAUCAGAUUGUGUAAUCAAUGUUAUCUUUAAUGAUCAUUUUGUCAAUGUAAAUUGUAAUAGUGGAAAUUAACGCGGUGUGGAAAUGCUCGCGGUUUUCACGUUGAGUAAAUUAGCGCGAAAAUAUUCACACGCUAAUAAAAUACAGGCAUAUAGAUUAUAUAGAAUAGAGAUAUUGGAAUAUAUAGAUUAAAGAAUCAUUGCAAACACGAAAAUUUCAACGCCGCCAGUAGUUUUAAGGGUUACAGCGCAAACAUUGCCAUUGUUACAGUAGUGACAAAUAGCCUGAUUGAAAGGAAUAGUAUAUAUUCCGGGUCAAAACAUAUUGAUUAUUUCAUUUAUUGAGUACUUUGAGUACUCUUGAUUAUUGAAUUCCGCUGUGAAUGCAAUAUCAUUGACCAUAAUACAGUUAGUAAACUUGCAUAUCAUUCAAUGACCUAAAUCAUACAUUGAAUUAUUUAUCCCAUGCAUGACGCAAUCGUGAUUUUGUUAUACAUGAACGAUACAUGUUACUGUUGAAGUGGUUGAUAAAAUUAAAAUAUUU